UCGUCGUACGCAACGUCGCACUUGCCGUCGGCGUGCACCGCGGUCACCGUCGCGGGGAACCAAUUGACGCCGCCGAUGUCGCCCAGGUAUUUUGCGCGCACGCGUUGCCCUCGCUCGAUUCCAGCCUUCCCCGCUUGGGGCUUGAGUCGAAUCUCCUGGCCCGCGGCGCGCGCGUCGUUGGCUCGCGCCUUCUCCUCGUCGCUCAGCAGAACCUUGACGAAGCGGGGCGCGACGCGCUUCUCGGACUCGCCGUCGUCCUCGUAAAAGAUGUCGCACUUUCCGUCGGCGUGCACCGCGGUGACCGUCCCGGAGAACCCUGCGCGAGGGGGGGGGCGGAACCUAGGCGGACGGGACAGGCCGACGGGGCAGGGUUAGGCCAGGGGCGAGGGGCAGAGCGCGGACAGUUGAAGCCACCGAUGUCGCCUUGAAAUUUUGCGCGUACCCGCUCGCCCGGCUUGGGCCGCACGGCGGGCAGCACCGCGUCGAGGUGCGUCCAACCCCGCUUUUUAGGGGGGGCAGGGGCAGGCGGGCGCAGCUUCAUUUGCAGGUCGUUGAAUGAG